ACAUAUAGAACAUCUCUAGCUGGCUUCUGGCCAAAAGUCAAACCCCUCUAGCUUUCUGCGGCUGAACGACUUAACGCAACAUUGUGCUGAUUCUCUUGGGCGAGCGCGCCGGAUACAGCACUGUACUUACCUAACAAGUGUCAAUAAACUGGAAACUUACCGGCACUAAACACAAAAGUUUAUGAAUCAGGUUUCUGACAGCAUUGACAGCAGCCUUGUCGUGUGGGGGACGAUGGAAUGCAGCACUUGAUCCUAGCACUAGCACAGUACCACACAAACUAGAUCCAAUAGCCUUUCACUUCGCUCAUGAGACAACGCAGGGUGAUUAUUCUCCAACAAUUCACACGUGGGAGUGAGAGCUGUUGGUCGGUUGGCGGCAAAGGUGCGCCCACUCCAGGAUUUUGGUGGACUAGGAUGGCCGUUAUCCUUCCUGCAGGGAUUGGAUCUUUGGGGGCGGGAUUCUCGCUUGCACUGGACAGGAUAUACAGUACUACUACUGCAGCAGCAUCUCAGCCAGAAGAGGAUGGAGGCGUUGAUAAGAGCCGCGCCCAGGCCAGACUGGUGCUAUUCCGCGCCGCGUAUCUUUCGACACAUGACGGCAGAGCUGGGUCUAGACCUGUAAGAACUGCAUGGAGAGGCGAGCUUAGAAGUAUCUCGCCCUAGAACUAUUAGCUUGGUGCGACCGCCACCGAGAGUCCUUUUAGGCUGGAGAUCGAAAGGAUGAAAUGCAAGCCGCCCGAUGCGGUAGACAGUCAAAGACAGUGUUAUCGGGUGGGAUGGUCUCCAGACAAGGCUCUAGGCACCCAUGAAUUGAAACGCGCGAGCUGCAGCCGGCCGACGAUCGUUGAAGCAAUGGCGCUCUCUAAGUGUCUCUCAUGCGGCCGCCCACUGCACGCUUUCGCGGUUAGAGAAGCCACAGGGAGUUCUAGGUUCUGAUAUCGAAGGGCUUCUGCUUCUAGGCCGGGGGUAGUACUCCGAGCAACCAGCUCUAUGAACGCAUGGCUGAUGCUGAUCAGAAUUUUAGGCUCUAGGAUCCCAGAGCAGGUGGCUUAA